AUGUUGUCAAUUAGGAGAAGUUUGGCAACCUCUUCAGAAAAGGCUGUUUCUUCAAGCUUAAGGGCAGGUAUAAUAUUAUCCAGAAACCCAAUUGUAACUCCAGAUGUAACCAAUUUUGAACAGAAUUACUAUACUUACCAAGCCUUAUUGGAGAGGCGUUUGAUGUGGACCUUCCCUCAUUAUUAUUAUUUUAAGAGAGGUACAUUAUCUCAAAGUAAGUUCUCCAGUGCUCAACCGGGUCCUAUUUCAAAACUUCCAGGUGUAUGGUUUCCUAAAGGUGUUCCAGAUGUCAAGCAUAACAGAGAAAGAAGAUUGAAGCAAGAAGUUGUGUUACCUAAGUCUAAAGGAGAUGUACAAGAAGGUAAUGGGAAAUCCGAUGAUUUGACAAGAUCAAUUGAACCAAAUUCAAGGAUUACAGAAGCUGAUAAAACCAAUGAUAUCACAAGUUUAGAAAGAAAACUAAGCAGAACGUUAUAUCUACUUGUUCAAAAUAAAAAUAAAAUAUGGACCUUCCCAAAUUUUGACGCAACCAAUACUGGACUACACAAAGAUGCUGAAGAAGGAUUAAGAUCAUUAGGUGGUGAAAAAAUGUAUACUUGGACUGUUUCAAAAAAACCACUUGGCUUUAUUGAAAAUAAAGAUGGAAGCAAAGAAUUUUUAAUUAAAUCUCAUAUAUUAGCAGGGAGCUUCCAAUUACUAAAGAAAAAUGAACAUAAUAUAUCAAAUUUUGCAUGGUUAACGAAAGAAGAAAUAAAAGAAAAGGUUAGCCAGAGUUAUUAUAACUAUACAGAAUUUAUGCUUGCUGACAACUAA